AUGGAAAGGAGGCUUAUGAAAAAUGAAAAGAUCUUACUGGACCUAACAAUCAGCUGUAACGCGGAACACAGAAAAUCGACCAUAAAUAGACAACAGGACGACAAAAAGACAAUGCCUUCUUCUAAUAAAACGUCAACAAACGCAGUCACAGAAUUUCCUUCACAGAAUGGUUCACCAAACGCCUCUUAUCAAGGUCGACUCAGCAUCAAAAAUGAGGCACAGGAUUUAUUUCCUAAACGACAGAUGUCUGGUGUCGUGGCCUUUUAUGUGUACCUUAGUUCCACAGAGCCAUCCCCUAGUGUACAUCAUACAAUCAUUUUCGACUACGUCAAGACAAACACUGGAGAAGCUUAUAACCGCCAUUCUGGAAUGUUCACAGCACCUACUGACGGAGUUUAUGUGUUCACUUGGUCUACUUACAGUGACCACCAUGGUGUGAUAUAUACUGAAAUAGUAGUGAACUCAGAUGUUAUUGGAAGUGCUCUUUCUGACAGUAUCAAUGUCAAUGCAGUUGAUGCAGCUACUGGAAAUAUUGUGGUUGAAAUAUCCCAAAACGAUGUCGUAUUUAUCAGAACAAACUCUAUCCAUCACGGGACCGGGGAUAUCCUCAGUUACCCACGGUAUCGCACCAGCUUUAGUGGAUGGAAAUUGGUGUGA